AUAUCUAUUGGGUUGGUGGCAGUGUAUCAGACAUAUAGAAUAACAUAGGGCUUUCAUCAUAUACAUCAUUAUCAUCUAAGCCUUUCAAUCCCAAUUAUUUUCAGUUGAUAAGAUGAGUCCAUAUUAUUAAAAAAGUAUGUGGAGUCACUGCUCAAAUUUCUCGUCUUUUAAUUUAUUAUGUAGCUACCAUAUUUUAUAAUCCUAUCCAAUCCAUAUCCUUAUUUUCAUCUCCUAUUUGAAUUUUCUUUAGUUUUUGCUCAGGAGAUCCGACAUAUUUAUGUUUUUUCUCACCCAUGUAUCAUAGACUCAUCUUAUCUUAUGUUGGAGUUACCUCAUCACAUCACAUCACUUGACUUUGUUUCUUAUCCUAUCUUUCUUUGUUCAUGACACAGUCAUACAACAUUCUCUUAUCUUUGUUAGCUUCUCUUGUUUGUUUUGUUUUGUUUUUUUUGAGCAUGUUGUAUUAAUUUGAGUAUGUUGUAUUAACAGACUAACAUCCUAUAUCAUGAAGCAUUGUGGGAAAAUGAAAGAGUAAAGAACAAGAAAAUAAGUAAUUUCAAAUAAGAAGGGGAAGGGAGGAGGAAAAAUCUACAGGGGCAAACCACCAUGAAGAAAAUGAUAACAAUGUUGACCAUUUAAAUUCCAUGCUUUAGUAAUUCUGAAUGUAUAAAAUGGUGUUACUGAUCGGACAAUUGGAGUGGAUGCUAAACUCAAAACAGCCUGAACUUUCUGUUUGGGAAAUGUGUAAAAUUCUAGCUUCUGUUCUUGCUCCUUUUAGUGUGCCCUAAAUUGGAUUUGUGAUGUAUUACAAUGUUUUGUAGCAAUGACUCAUCUGUCAUCCAGUCAAUCACUUCCAGUAUACAUUUGCACUGAAUAAAUUUUUGGAUUUUCUAUAUCUGGUAGUUCAGCUUUUUCCCAUCAGUAAAGCUUAUUAUGUGGCAGGUGAUGAAGAAAACUCAUUAUUAUUUGGUGGACACAAGUGUUAUUACACCUGGUGCUGCAGUUUCAGAGUUGCAGUUUAAUGUUAUAAAUGAGGAGCCAUUUGUUGUACAUAAUUUGCAGUUUACGCCAUUACCUGUGUGGCGUGGCCGUGGUUAUCGCUCCCUUGGUUUUCGUUUUGGCAAUGUUUGUUAUAUUAGUGAUGUCAGUGAAAUACCUGAAGAAACUUAUCCUCUCCUGAAGGACUGUGAUAUCCUGAUCCUGGAUGCCUUACGGCCAGAUCAAUCGUCAUCAACUCAUUUUGGACUUCCUAGGGCUUUGGAAGAAGUACGGAAAAUCCAGCCAAGGGGAACACUUUUCACUGGUAUGAUGCAUUUGAUGGAUCAUGAAAAAGUGAAUGAAGAUCUUGCAAAGUUGAUGGAGACGGAGGGCCUCGAUGUGCAACUGAGCUAUGAUGGGCUUCAUGUGCCAGUAAUGAUCUAGUCCUUCCAUUUUCAAUAUUUCCUGAUGACCUUCAUUUGUUUAAUUUUGAAUGACAAAAUGCCAAUCGGUUUUUCACUGCACGGCAUUCUGUCAUAUGACUCUUCUUUCUGGAAUUAAUUUUUUGUCUACAUGUGAUUCGUGGGCGUUUAACAUGCAAUGUAAGAGGUUUUAUUGGGAUUAAACUAGGAUGGGUGCCAUCUCCCACCUUCCUUUUAUAUAUAUAGUUGUUAUUGGGACUGAAAGGUCACAUGUACUUCGACAAAUGCUAUUGGUACUUGGUAAAAAGUUUAAUUACAAA